AUGCCGCUGAACGACAUGGUGCGGCAGAGGCUCCAACCUCUGACCGCCGCAAUGACGUCCAACAGGAUCUUCCUGUACUUCGUCUUCAGCGUACUCGCAGUUGUGGGUGCUGUGGCAAAUGCUUGUCGGAAUCACAGCAACUUCUACUCGGUGACUGUAUAUCUCUCGCGGAGUGGGCGGAGUGUCCUGAUACUCGCCAACUUUGGGUUCAUACUCUCUCUGUUAUGCGGUAGACUUCUGCAGCGGCUCUUCUUUGGCCCUCUGCAGGCUCGCGAGGUGGAGCGUCUGUACGAUCAGACAUGGAUGUUUGUCACGGAAUCUCUCCUGGCAUUCACCAUUUUCCGGGACGACUUUGACAUUCCGUUCGUGCUCAUGUUUGGGUUCCUCCUGUUUGUUAAGUGCUUCCAUUGGCUUGCACAAGACCGCGUUGAGUCGAUGGACCAGACCACAUACCCUGGUCCUCCUACACUCUUCCAUAUCAGAAUGGUCGGCUUGUUUGGCCUGUUAUUUUGGACCGACCUCCUCAUGUUUGUUCUCGCCGUCGAAAGCACGUACACAAACGGGAUCGGUGGAAUGGUACUUUUUGCCAGCGAGUAUGCCAUUCUUAUGGCAAGUGUUUGGAACGCGACGGCUAGGUAUACCCUUUCCGUUCUCGACUUCAGAAGAGCACGAACAAGAGGGGGCGAGAAUGCACCUCCAUGGGAACACAAGAGCAUGUAUGUGUUCUAUGUCGAGCUAGCCACUGAUUUUUUGAAGCUGACAACCUACCUCGCCUUCUUCAUGAUUAUCCUCACCUUCUAUGGUUUGCCUCUCAACAUAGUGCGUGAUGUUUACCUGACCGCACGUUCCUUCAUCACUCGUGUGCGCGCCCUCGUCCGUUACCGCAAUGCAACCCGGGAUAUGGACCGCCGUUAUCCCAAUGCAACCGAGGCCGAUUUGUCCGAGACGUCUGAUAGGACGUGCAUCAUCUGCCGUGAAGAAAUGGUCGUGCGUGAUACGCAGCAACCGGCCGGCGCCGGUCCAGCUGCACCGGCGCCUGUGCAGCAGGACGGUCCCAAUAUGACACCCAAAAAGCUUCCUUGUGGCCACAUCUUCCAUUUCCAAUGCCUUCGAUCGUGGUUGGAACGGCAACAGAGUUGCCCAACGUGUCGUCGCCCAGUGCUGGAACCAGAUCCGCGCAACCCAGGGCAGGCCCAAGCUCGUCAGCCGGGUGUUCCACAGCCAGGCGCAGUCCCACAGCCGGGGCAACAGCCUGUACAAGCAGCCGGUUGGCUUGGCCGUAUACUUGGAUUUGUCGUACCACAACCUCUUGUUGCAGGUCCAAUGCCGCAUGGGCAGUGGGUACCUGUAGGUGCUCUUCCACAGCAGCAGCAGCAGCAGCAGCAGCAAGGUAAUUUUGGCUGGGCGCCUGGGCAGGUACCUCCGCCGCCCCCACCAGGAUACUAUUAUCCAGUCCAAUACCCGCUACCGCCUCCCCAACCUCAGCAGCUGCAACCACCUCCAGUAUUCCGAGGAUUUUAUGGGCCGGGUGGUGUCUGGCAACCAUGGGUGGACCCACAGUGGUUAGCACAGCAGCAGAAUCCACAAGCACAAGCACCCGCCCAAACGCCACAGCAGCGUCCACAACAGUCGAGAGAUACAACACCAAUUUCGGUAGGCGAAGCUACUCGUCCACGGGUUUCGCUGCCUGGUGCACCACCCGUACCUACCGCCACGGCGCCUACCGCCUCCGCAGCAAGUGGCUCUGCGCCAGCAGCGACAGACCGCCCGUCUACGCCAAGAGAUGCGGCAGCAACGGCCGCUUUGCCACGAUUGAAUCCUUCGGGAUCAGUUACCGAGGCUCCGCCCUUAGCGGCUGUGUCUGGUGGUCCGGUGAACUCACCUCCGGUUCGGGCAUCAGUGCCUACCCCUACGACAACCACUGUUUCUCCACCGUCGGUGGCUGCAUCAGAAUCAACUUCUCCCGCCAUUUCCACGUCCACAGAUAACGCCGGUUGGCCGACACCUCAACCGCCCCACAAUCACGAUGGAGUUUCGGGGAUACCCUCCUUGCUCCCACUGUAUGACUUUGGACCGCUGACGGGACGGGCACCGCGUCCACCUCCGAAUGGCUACCCUGGAUAUUUAUCUUCGGCGCCCUCCCCUUAUUUUCGCGGCACGGGCACACCGUCCGGACCCCAGCCGCCCCAGCCCCGCACUUACAGACCCGCACUACAGCAACAAGGAGGUCAACGGACGUUAACGCGCGCCGUUGUGCAUGAUCCUCGCACACCGCUGUCGCAGUUGCCAGCUACUAUCACGGAUGCACAGCUCGCGAGGCUCGACCGUCUUACUCGUGAGGCAAUCGACGAGCGCCUACGCGUACUCGAAGGCGUCUCUGGGGCAGUGUAUAGGUGUAUCGAGGAGCUCACGCGGGUGCGGAGCGUCUUGCCCAUCUCUGCUGCGGUAGGGCACGCGCCGGAUCAGGAACGGACAGCUACUGGCAGUGCGACGGCCAGUGUCAGUACCACUACUCCCGCGAGUGGAAGCAGUGGUAGCAAGACCAACGUCGAGACUGCUACCGAUGUGGAGCCUCCUGUUGCUACCAAACCUCCGCGCGGAGCGCCCGUGCGGCUGGAGCCUAGCGAGUCGUCUGAGGAACGGAAUGAUGUAGACCCGGGGUCUCAGGACGGCGAUACUGCUGUACUAACGGGUAGCUCUCCUGCAGAAGAUGAGGCAAUACCGCUUGACGUUGUGGAGUGA